CUUUCAUAGUGAAAAAAUAUCCAAGUUGAGAAAAGUCCAAGCAAGCAAGCUGCUAAUUCGAAAUUUUAAAUUUAUUUAUAAAUGUGACAUGAAUAAAUAACAAAAUAAUGCAAAAACAUCAAUUAAAGAUUGUUACAAUGAACAAAAUAAAAUAAAUAAUAAACUCAAUCAGUUAUGGAUCUGAUUUCAUUUGUGAACGAUCUGACGGACGUAGAUUUAAAAGAGGGAGAGAGGAGAAGAAAAAUGAAUGCUUUCAUCAAAAGUUACGAAAUCAAUUUAAUCAGGAAACACCAAAUAAAGAAACAAAAUCUAAAAAACGGCCUGUCGAUCGAAGAGGAAGAAAUUGAAUUCAAACAUGGCGACACUCAAACGGAAGAAGAUGAAUCGAAAAUAAUCAACCAUGAAUUGCAAGCAGUAUGGAAGAAAGUGAAUGAAUGCGAAAUUAAUCAGGUAGCCAGAAUGACAUCAUUAACUAACGUAUUCCGCAAGACUGAUGAUCUAAUGGCAAGGGUGGGAAAAUAUUGUGGCACGUAUCAACUGCUCUGGAAAGUUAGAAACUUCUCCAAUGUUCUUCAAGAAGCUAAAGAAGGUAAAAAACUGAUGAUUCAGAGUCCAGCGUUUGAUAGCCAUCGUAACGGCUACAAGAUGCAAAUCAGUUUGUUGCCUAAUGGUGACUCAAAAGAUUUUGAAUCCAGAGAUCAUUUCAUAGUUUUCAGCCCAUCUUCAAAUCCUGCUAAUGAAAGUUUUCUAAAAAGACCAGUCGAAGAAAGGAAUAAGAACAUAGGUUUCCAAAAGUUUAUACUGCUAGAAGAUUUGAUGGAAGGAGGCUUCGUUCAAGAGGACAGCAUCUACGUUGGGGCCUACGUAGACAUUUUUUAACUUUAAAUUAACAUUUUCAUCUUUUUUAUUUAAUAAUAUUUUUAAUAUGAUUCAUUUAAUCUUUUAAAAUUUAUUCCACAAAUAAAAUAUUUGACUCUAAAA